UUUGGCAACAUUAAUACAAACUAUGGCGGCUCUCGUAAACUUUUGUGUGACCACCUUUCUUCUUUUCUUCUGCAGAAUUUCGAUCUCUCGGGCAAUGCUGCGGCCACAUCAACUUCCCCUCUCCGACGUGCACAUGUUAGAAAGACACGAAGCGUGGAUGUCUCGGCACGGGCGCGUCUACAAAGACGCCGUAGAGAAAAUCAAACGCUUCGAAAUAUACAAGAACAACGUGCAAAAGAUCGAAGCUUUCAACGCGGGUCCCGACCGCGGCUACAAGCUUGGUGUGAAUGCGUUUGCAGACAUGACUAGUGAAGAGAUUCGAGCUUCGUCUACUGGUUAUAAAAGGCAGACGGUCAACCCUAAAAUGGAAUAUUCCUCGGAACACAAGCCUUUUAGAUACGCCAAUGUCACUUCCGUCCCGGCAACUAUGGACUGGCGAAUAAAAGGCGCAGUUACCCAUGUUAAAGAUCAAGGCGACCAUUGUGGAAGCUGUUGGGCAUUUUCUGCAGUGGGAGCCGUUGAGGGGAUUAAUCAGAUAAAAACGGGAAAACUCGUAUCGCUUUCAGAGCAAGAGCUAAUGGACUGCGACAGAAGAGGCGAAGACCAAGGUUGCAACGGAGGUUUAAUGGACAAAGCUUUCGAAUUCAUCGUGAAGAACAAAGGGCUUAAAAGAGAAUCCGAAUAUCCUUACACGGCCUCGGACAGCACCACUUGCAAAACCAAGAAGGCGACAAAAGGGGCAUCGGCGGCCAAGAUAAGUGGAUACGAAAAGGUUCCGGAGAACAACGAAGAGGCUUUGCUCGUUGCUGUUGCUCAGCAGCCGGUGUCGGUGGCGCUUGAUAGUUCGAGUUUUGAUUUCAUUUUCUACUCGAGUGGGGUUAUUAACGGGGGGUGUGGGACCGAACUUGACCAUGGUGUGGUGGCGGUCGGGUACGGUAGAACUCGGGAUGGGACCAAGUAUUGGUUGGUUAAAAACUCGUGGGGGGAGAAUUGGGGAGAGAAAGGGUAUGUGAGGAUUUUAAGGGGUGUUUCGGACAAACGUGGUAUGUGUGGUAUUGCCAUGGAUGCUUCUUACCCAACUCUCUAGAGAUAUAUAUACAUACAAUGUAAGUGAUCAUCUGAAAAAUGGGGUACUGUGUAAAAUGAAUGUUAAAUGAUAAUCUCCAUUGAAUAAGUGAUUAUAAGUUGUAUUGAAAAUUUACUCUUUUCUUUUUUUUUU